AUGGGGGUAAAUGAUGGGGUAAAGUAUGCGGUAAAGGAUGGGGUAAAUGAUGGGGUAAAGUAUGCGGUAAAGGAUGGGGUAAAGGAUAGGGUAAAGGAUGGGGUAAAGUAUGGGGUAAAGGAUGGGGUUAAGGAUGGGGUAAAGGAUGGGGUAAAGGAUGGGGUAAAGUAUGGGGUAAAGGAUGGGGUAAAGUAUGCGGUAAAGGAUGGGGUAAAGGAUGGGGUAAAGGAUAGGGUAAAGGAUGGGGUAAAGGAUGGGGUAAAGGAUAGGGUAAAGGAUGGGGUAAAGGAUGGGGUAAAGGAUGGGGUAAAGGAUGGGGUAAAGGAUGGGGUAAAUGAUGGGGUAAAGUAUGCGGUAAAGGAUGGGGUAAAGGAUAGGGUAAAGGAUGGGGUAAAGGAUGGGGUAAAUGAUGGGGUAAAGUAUGCGGUAAAGGAUGGGGUAAAGGAUAGGGUAAAGGAUGGGGUAAAGGAUGGGGUAAAAGAUGGGGUAAAGGAUGGGAUAAAGUAUGGGGUAAAGGAUGGGGUAAAGGAUGGGGUAAAGUAUGGGGUAAAGGAUGGGGUAAAGGAUGGGGUAAAGGAUGGGGUAAAGGAUGGGGUAAAGGAUGGGGUAAAGUAUGGGGUAAAGGAUGGGGUAAAGGAUGGGGUAAAGUAUGGGGUAAAGGAUGAGGUAAAGGAUGGGGUAAAGGAUGGGGUAAAGGAUGGGGUAAAGUAUGCGGUAAAGGAUGGGGUAAAGGAUGGGGUAAAGGAUGGGGUAAAGGAUGGGGUAAAGGAUGGGGUAAAGUAUGGGGUAAAGGAUGGGGUAAAGUAUGGGGUAAAGGAUGGGGUAAAGGAUGGGGUAAAGUAUGGGGUAAAGGAUGGGGUAAAGUAUGGGGUAAAGGAUGGGGUAAAGGAUGGGGUAAAGGAUGGGGUAAAGUAUGGAGUAAAGGAUGGGGUAAAGGAUGGGGUAAAGGAUGGGGUAAAGUAUGAUUGUUAUGUGUGUUGUCGUUUUGAUGUAGAAAAUCCACUUGGAAUGGAAUUCAGACGGUGCGAAUAA